UGUCCAUAUCGUGCUAUGAAAACAGAAGACAUUGAAGAUUGAAAAUUUUUGAAGAUUAAAAUUCGAUCUUUCAGAUAACUUGAUUCUCUCCUCCGUUUUGAUCAUUGUGAUAGAACAACGAGAUUACCAACUCACAUGUGUACCUGAGUGCACCGAAGUGUUUGUGUUUGUGCAUGCAUAUGUUAAGAGUCAAGCCCAAGAACUGUCAAAAAUGGAUGUUAAAGACGGUGGACGAUAAUGCGAGAGAAAAAGAGAGAGUUCAUGUAAGUCUUAAUUUAACAGAUAUGGCGAUGCAAAACAUUGACCUCGUCAAGACGAGGAGUCACUCGUUAAGAAGUAAAUUUGAGUAGAUUAUCUGAUUGUCUUGAGGAACAUGGACCGAAUCCCCGAUGACCAAGGACUUCUGUUUCUCGCCAUUUAGUGAGAUACAGUUAGGAGCGCAACAAAGCACUGACCCAAAUCACAUCCGAAGGUUUGAUCGAAGGAUGCAAAGGAUGCCUGACAUUUUCCUGGGAAACAGUGGCACUCUUCAUCGUUCCUUGAUGUUUAUAUUGAAGCUCGGCUGGCAGUCUAGAUUUCGCUUGCCUGUGCUUCUGGUUAUCGUCUUCGUUGCCAUGGAUUACAGACUGCAGCUAGAGAUCGAAUUCGGAGACAAUGCGGACCAACAUGAUGAUCUGUGAUUGAAACGGAUGAGAUCAGAUCGAUGUGAUAACUCU